CUGUCAAUGUGGCCUCCCUUUCGACUCCCGACCUUCGAGAAACACCAUUUUGGAGCUUAUCAAAUCAUCCAAUGCACCAAAGUUCAAAGCCAAGCAUCCACCCCUGGCUCUUUCGCCUCGGCACCUGGACGCCUCUAGCGCAGAUCACCCUUGUUUAGCCCUAUCGCGGCGCAUCAAACGUGCUCCAAAUCUCCGAUUUUCCUCUUGUGUCCGUCCUCCUUCCGCGAUGGUUCAGAUUUCCGCUGUCAUCAUGCCAGAACCGCGGCUCUUCUCCGUCCGCGCCCACAUCUUUUUUUGACUCUGCACUUGCAGUCUGGAACCUACGAGUCUGUUGCUUGUUUUCACCGUGUUCCACUCUUCCACGCCGGCCACGGAGCCGACACUCGAAUGGAUUCGUCUCACCCUCACGGCCCGCUUGUUUUUUUCGGACUUGAGCGCCGCCCAUGAAGUCAUGGUCCUUGGGUCAAGGGGACCUUGAGAUGAACCUCGGCAGGCCACUUUUUUUUCUCCUUCGCUCGUCAGUCGUCACUCAUCGGGCCAGCUGUUCGGUCUGUGUGUCUGUUGUGUGUUCCCACCCAAAGAAUCGACAUUGCCUGGGAUCGGAUUGGAUAAGCUGCGCCAUAUUGUGAUGUUCCAUGGGUACGUACUGUUUUGAUUGCGAUCUCUUUUUUUCUCUUAUAUAUCGUCAACGGGCUGCAUCCCCCUCCAUCUAGCAUAGCAGCUUUCAGGAUUGGAAGUCUUGUCUUGUCUACUUUACUAUUACUACUUCAUACAUCCUGAAUACAAUUACUUUGGACGUCUCCAGAUUCGUGCGCUCCUCCGACUCCAUCCACACAUCACAUCCUACACAAUGUCAUCACAACGCUUCCACCUGUUGGGUGAAGACCCGUCAGUUACGACAGAGUUUGAGAUUCCCGCCUCAACAGACGAGGAGGGUCUUCAGCAUCUCGCUGCCUCUCACUUUGCCGUCGUCGAUCACAAGGGCGUUGGCUUCGUCUCCGGAGAUGAGGCUCUGACAACAGUCGCCGAUGUUCUCGCCGCCGAGGGCCCCGUUGCCAUCACCAUUGACGGCCACCCCGUCCGCGAAGUUCCCGGUCCUUCUGGUCUGCCCUUCAUCGGCAACUACUUCGAGGUCUACCCUGACCAUCUCGGUAACCACCAGCGCCUUUUCGAGAAGUACGGCCCCAUCUUCAAGACCACCAACAUGGGAUCCGUCAUCUACCACACCAACGACCCGGCCAUCGCCAACAUCUUCUUCUCCGAGAGCGAUUUCUUCACAAAGAACAUUAUCCCCGGUCAUCCGCUGUACCCUAUCAAGAACAAGGAGUCCGGAGUCUUCCUCGGCGACACGGAUACCCCCGAGUGGAAGGAGGUACACAAGUUCCUCCCACCCGCCUUCGGCCCCAAGGCCGUCCGUCACUACGCCCCGACCAUGCAGGCUACCAUUGAGGACUCCUUCAAGGUCUUUGACGAGCUCGACGAGAAGGAGGAGGCCUGGAAUGUCUACCCCUACAUGCUCAAGCUUGGGUCCCAAGCCGUCGGCAAGCUCGUCCUCGGCAUGGACUUUAAGCACUUCACCGCCGUCGACGCCCCGCCCCACGAGAUGGUCAUCCGCAUUGCCCAGUCUCUCGAGCUCAACAAGAAGAUCACUUCCAUGGGUAGCUGGUACGCCUCCCUGCCCUUUGGCGACCCCCAGCGCCUCCGCGACGCCCGCGGCCGUAUCGUCGAGAUGAUGAACGAGUCCAUCAACAACGCCUCCAAGGGUGUAGAGAACCUUGAACUGCAGGAGGCCGCCCUUCAGGCCGACAACAUGGUCGACUACGUCCUCCGCGCCAGCGACAGCAAGGGCAACAAGCUGCCUAAGGAGCGCAUCAUGGAGCCCCUCGUCGUCGCCACCGGUGCCGGCUUCACCACCACUUCCUCCCUCCUCUCCUGGCUCCUCUACGGCAUCGUCGCCUACCCCGGCAUGCAGGAGCGCCUCCUCCAGGAGCUCAUCGACAACGGCUUUGACGAAAACACCCAAAUCACCGCCGACCUCACCCAGAAGCUGACCUUCCUCGACAAGUACAUCAAGGAGACCCAGCGCCGCCACAACCCCUCCUACCAGCCCGCCCGCACCUCAAAGGUGGACAUGAUCCUCCCCGGCGGCUACAAGCUGCCGAAGGACUCCAUCUGCAUCCCCGCCAUCCACCACAUCCACAACAACCACCUCGUCUGGGACAACCCGGCCCGCUUCGACCCGGACCGCUGGGACUCGGACAAGGUCAAGAACCGACCCAACGCCUCGUACAUCCCCUUCGCCACCGGCCCGCGUAUGUGCAUCGGCUUCAACUUUGCCCUGCAGGAGGUCAAGGUCUUCCUCCCCAAGCUCAUCUACCGCUACAAGUUCAGCCUGGCGCAGGAGGGCCCCGUCGAGUACGAUCCCAUGUUCCAGCUCAUUCGCCCGAACAACCUGUACGUCCGCGCCGAAAGGCGUGUCAAGUGGCCUCCAAGGUCUGAGGCUUAAAAUGGUUUACGAGUUGUGUAAAAAGUGUU